AUGUCGUAUUACAACCAGCCAGGAGGGUAUCAGCAACCGUACCCGGGCCAAGCCCCUCCUCCCCAAGGAUACGGACAACAGCCUCAAUAUCAACAACAACCACCUAUGUAUAAUCAACAGUAUCCACCACAAGGCGGCUAUCCGCCUCAGGGCUAUGGUGCGCCGCCGCCAAACCAGUACCCUCCGCAAGGUCAAUAUGGCGCGCCGCCGCCACAAGGUCAAUAUGGUGCUCCUCCCCCUCCGCAAGGUUACGGUGCUCCUCCUCCUCAAGGACAUGGACCUCCUCCCGGUCAAUAUGGCGCUCCUCCAGGUCAGUACGGAGGGCCGCCGCCACCCCAGGGUCAAUGGGGCGCUCCACCCCCGCAACAGGGCCAGUUCGGCGCACCCCCAGGCCAAUAUAGUGUUCAACCCCCACAGGCUGGAUUCGGGGGUCCCCCAACUCAGCCAUCUCUCGGAUAUGGCCCCCAGCAAACGGCCAAUAUUAAUGUCCUCAACGAUGUGGAAGCCAUUCGUAAGGCGAUGAAGGGCUUUGGUACGGACGAGAAAGCGCUCAUUGCGAUAUUAUCCAAGAAAGACCCUAUUCAAAUCAAUACGAUCCGCACGCAGUAUGACCAGCGAUUCAUGCGCAGCAUGGUCGUAGAUCUCGAGAAGGAAACGAGUGGUUGGUUUGCGAGGGGCCUAGCAGAGAUUUCUCGGGGUCCCUUGGUUUCCGACUGCUACAACCUCAUGAACGCCAUGAAGGGUUUGGGUACAAAAGAGUCCAUAUUGGAUGACAUCCUCAUCGGACGCAGCAAUGCGGAUCUCAACGCAAUCAAGCAGAAGUACCAGGAGCUCUUCAAACGGUCUCUCCAGUCAGAUCUCAAAGGCGAUCUUAGCGCCGGUACCGAGCAAAUGUACGAUAUGAUCAUCGCUGCCCGCCGCAAUGAAGACUCUCACCCGGUUACCCCCCAGGAAAUCGAGCAAGCUGUUACCGAUCUCCAGGCCGGAAUGGGUGGUUUCGUUGGCAAGAACGUCCCCCAAGUCUGCCAGAUUCUUACUAGCAAGAACGACGCCCAGCUCCGCGCCAUUGCGCAAUCGUACCAGCAACGCUUCCACAAGUCGCUUGACGGUAUCCUCAAGUCGUCGUUUUCUGGCCACAUGCAAGACGCGCUUCGCCUGAUGGUGCACCGUGCUACUAACCGAGCUGAGGCCGAGGCUGUUCGCCUAGAGGAGUCCAUGGCCGGCCUCGGAACAAAGGAUGAGCUCCUCGUUCAGCGCGUCGUCCGCUGUCAUUGGGAUAGGAACUUUAUGGGCGCCGUCAGCCAGGCGUACAAGCAGGUCUACAAGAAGGACUUGGUCAAGCGGAUAGAGGGAGAGACGCGUGGUGACUACGAGAGGCUCUUGGUUGCUUGCGUGCGACCUUGAGGGCUGGGUUGGAGAGUACUUGUUUUCAUGAUACCACGUUUCUUAACAUACGUAAUACUAGUUGGCGAAUACGUUAUCGCCCCGUGUCUGUUCA